AUGCCUAUUCUCUCCGGAGGCAGCGACCAAGACUAUAGUAACAUUAGCUACACUUCUUGUAAUUCCUUGAGCCACUUCUUUCCUGUCUCUGUUGAAACUCCUUCUGUCAAAGGGGUCCAUUACCAAAGAGCCAGGAGGAUUUACCAUCCUGAUCAAGUCUCUGCAGUUGAUCUAAAGACAGAGAUCAUGAUCAAUGUUGGAGGCAUCAAGUACCUGCUACCUUGGAGUACUUUAGACGAAUUUCCCCUGACCAGACUGAGCAAACUUAAGUUUUGCAGCAGCUAUGAAGAAAUAAUUCAGCUGUGUGACGAUUAUGAUGAAGACACCCAUGAGUUCUUCUUUGACAGGAACCCCAAUGCUUUUGGGAUGAUUGUCAGCUUUCUAGCAGCCGGGAAGCUGAUGCUCUUAAGAGACAUGUGUGCCUUGUCUUUUCAGGAGGAGCUGAGGUACUGGGGGAUUGAGGAGUCCAACCUGGAGAACUGCUGCUUUCGAAAACUAUUUCAAAAACUACAAGAGUUGGCCGAGGUACGCAAAGAAGAGGAGCUCCGGAGGAGAAAAGAAGCUACGCGUGUCUUGGAUGAGAAAACUAAAUUUGGACAGUUUAUGAACAGACUCCGAGAUAUGGUAGAAAAUCCCCAGUCAGGACUCCCAGGCAAAGUCUUUGCUUGUCUCUCCAUUCUCUUUGUGGCCACCACAGCUAUAAGCCUUUGUGUCAGCACGAUGCCAGACUUGAGAGCUGAAGAAGACAGGGGCGAGUGUUCCCAGAAGUGCUAUUACAUCUUUGUCAUAGAGACCGUCUGCGUGGCUUGGUUUUCCCUGGAGUUCUGCCUCCGAUUCAUUCAGGCGAGGAGCAAGUGUCAGUUCUUCAAAGGACCCCUCAACAUCAUUGACUUCUUGGCUAUUUCACCCUAUUACGUUUCUCUCAUCUUCUCGGAGGACAACCCAAACGAGGAGGACGACAGGCCAAGCAGCAACACAUAUUUGGAGAAGGUUGGUUUGGUGCUACGGGUUUUACGUGCCUUGAGGAUCUUGUAUGUAAUGCGCCUUGCCCGACACUCCUUGGGCUUGCAGACCUUGGGCCUCACAGUUCGGAAAUGCACACGGGAAUUUGGCCUGCUUUUACUCUUCUUAUGCGUGGCAGUGACUCUGUUUUCUCCAUUGGUCUAUCUCGCCGAGAACGAAUCUGGGAAGGUGCUUGAAUUUACAAGCAUACCUGCUUCUUACUGGUGGGCUAUCAUUUCAAUGACCACUGUGGGCUAUGGAGAUAUGGUACCACGGAGCGUCCCAGGCCAGAUGGUGGCUCUGAGCAGCAUCCUCAGUGGGAUUCUCAUCAUGUCUUUUCCUGCAACAUCGAUAUUCCACACUUUCUCCCAUUCCUACUCAGAGCUGAGAAAAGAACAUGAACGAAUGCAGUCUCGGCUAAACAGAGUUAAAAAUGCCAAUCACUCUGGUGAAAGCGACACCUUCAACGAGACAGACAGCCUGAUCCUGGAGGAUCAAGCAUCACCAAUCAAAUACAUUUACACAGGGAACUAA